UAAUGGAAUGGUUGAAAUGCUUGUCAAAGGUCAACAUCCGGGACCUCUUGCAUAGUUUCUAGAGGAAAGUUUGAAACAGGUGGGCAGACUCUGAUCGACUGCCAAGAUGAGUGAGCAGCUGAAGUUCAUUGUGGAAACCUUGAACAAGGAGCCGUUCAAGAGAAACUAUAAUCUCAUUAGCUUCGAUGCGCUGGAACCCCUGCAACUCUUACAAGUGCUCAACGAUGUGUUUGCAGAGAUUGACUCGCGGAAUGCAUAUGUACAAAGCACUCCGUCUCCGUCUACUCCCGGAUCCCCCAGUACUAAAGAUCGUAACAAGCUGGACAUUCGGGAAGAAGCAGCAGAUCAAACAGCCAUAAGGAUGCUGGGAAUCUUAAAGAUCCUGAAGUACAAACCCAAGACAGACAACACGAGCGAAUUUCGUCAGGGUUUAGUCAUGGGUGACAAGCCCACAGUGUACCACAUUUUGGAAUGGGUGCUGCAACGCGUACCGGACUUGAAGAAACGGGCGUACCUCGCACGGUUCCUCGUCAAGAUAGAGGUCCCGCCAGACUUUCUACAGGACGAUGCCGUUGCAGAUUGUAACCAACAGUAUGAAGAAUUGGUGGAACAGUUUAAGGAGCUGCACAAGGAGUUUACAGAGCUGAAGAAGUCUGGCUUUUCAACCUCAGACAUCAAGAAGGACAUCCAAUCAAUGGAGGAGGAGAAGGAGCAGGUUGUCCGGCGGAUCGAGCGCCUGAAGAAAAAGGUGGAGUCCGUCCCGAACUUCGACCGGAUGAUGGACACCGCCCGCAAGCUGCGUCAGGAGAAGGAGCGGGAACUCUCGCUGGCCAAUCAGAAACAAGAACAGAAGAACCAGUUAAUGCAUGCAGACCAGAGGUACCAGCGUGCUAUGAACCAACUGAAAGACCUGCAGAGGGCUGCCAAAGGGGCCUCAGCUGAGGCCUUGAUUGAAAAGCUACAGGAGGAGAAUAAUGUCAACACGUACUUGGGCCAGGAGAAACUACCAAAGGAAAUAGAAGCCAAGAGAAAAGUUGUAGCAGACCUACAGAAGGUGGUCCUGGAACCAGCGAUGGGACAGUCAGACUUGGAUGAGCUCCACACUAAGAUCAAGGAUUCAAAUGCGGAGAUUAACCAGUUGAUAGAGAAGAGGAUGAUGCGGAAUGACCCGAUCGAUGACAAACUGUCCAUCUUCAAACAACAGGCCUCCAUCAUUGCAAAGAAGAAGAUUCAGGCCGCGGACGAGAUCCAGAGUACGAAAGACGAGCUGGCGGCCACGGAACAGGAGCUGAGCGAGAAGCGACAGAUGGCGCGGGAACUGGAGGGAGGAGAAGUGUUGAAGGGAGAUGAGUUCAAGCGCUACGUUAACAAGCUGCGAGGGAAGAGUACCGUUUACAAGAAGAAACGACAGGAACUUGCCGAACUCCGAGCAGAGUACGGCGUUCUUUCGCGUACAGAAGAGAUCCUGAGACAACGGGACGAAAACGCCCAACGUGCACUGGAAGGACUGGAGGCCAAGAAGGGCGUGUCGGGUUACCAUGACACCCAGGAGGAGCUGGAGAAGGUGUCCACCAUCAAAAGCGAGCUGGACGAGAUGAAGGGGAAAACACUGGACGACAUCUCGGACAUGGUGUUGAAGUUGACAUCAACCAUAUCGGAGAAAAAGUCAGCUCUCGCUCCUGUCAUCAAAGAGCUGAGGCCUAUGAGACAGAAAUGUCAGGAAAUGUCGCUGGUUUACGAAGAGAAGAAGGCGCAAUAUGACAACCGGGCAGCAGGGUACGAGACAGACAGGUCCAAACUGGAACAGGAAGUCCGUACCUACCGAGAGGAAUGCGGUGCAGAAGAGAGCCGCUACCACUACCUUCAGAGCAUGAAGAAGGUUGUGGACACCCAGCUGAUCCGAGCUCAGGAGGAGAUGAAGCUUUACCUGUCCACAGACCCGCAAGAUAAGAAGAAAUCCUGCAGGGAACAAUACAGUAGGAAGAUUCAGGAACAAGAGAACCUUGGAAAGACUCUGCGUGAGAAACAGAAGGCUGUACGUGAGAGCCACGGGCCGAGCAUGCGACAGAUGAAGAUGUGGAAGGACUUUGAGAAGCUGAUGGAGUGCAAGCGGCGCUGUUUCCUGGGAGAGCGCAACGCUGAACGCACCAUGGGGGGCACCGACUACAGCGGGGAUGUAGGUGGGGAAGAGAGACUAGUGCUGUAAAAACUUCUCAUGGUCUCAAAUUAUCA